AUGAUGGCAGAACUGAAGAGAGAGGGACUGGGGACUAUUACACACCACCCCGUAAUUGACGAAUCAGACAGGACGAAAUUAUACACGUCUAUAUACCUAAACCCAGCAACACCUAGUGGACUAUUCAACAAGGUUCACUUUGACAUCAGAUUAUACUUUUUCAGAAGGGGCUGUGAGAAUAUCACAGAUAUGACAAAAAACACUUUUGUUAUACGAAAGGAUCUUAAGACAGGCUUACGAUUUGUUACCAAGGAUUUGGACGAAAUGACCAAGAAUCACAGGGAAUGUGAUAAAGAAAACAUCUCGCCAAUAAUGCCUGAGACAUCAGAUAAAUAAAUUUUGGAUUUAAUAAAAUAGAAUAGUUCAGUUUUAUUUUUUUUAAAAGAAUGCUUUUUUAAAUUUAUAUAUAUGAGAUUUAAUGUGAUAUACUAUAAUACAAGUUUAAUUUAUUACACUUAGGUUCACCUUAUUGU